UUUUUGGCCGGGAUGAGACGGGACCCGUAAAAACGGGUCUGGCUCGGCACCGGCUCUCGGUGUGUGCGGCAGCUUUUGGAGGCGUGUUUGUGAAGGGCUGCAGGCGGAAAAAGCGUUUCUUACCAGGGAAGCAAGAGGGGAGCCAGGCAGGUUAUCUCAGGUUAACCUCUCGUAACUUUCUUGUGUCCUGUGAGCUCAGGCUGAGAUCACUCUCUUCACUGGCUGUAUGUGACUUGUCUGCAUAGAAAUUCUCCUUAAAAUCUCAGCUUUCUCCCUCUUUUUGCUAUACUCCAAUAGGCUGAACUUUUGCUAAAGCUCUUCGUGUAGUAAUGCGAUUAAAAGAGGGGAAUUUUGCAGUCUGGAACAGGCAAAGUUGAGCCGAGGUUUAGUACAUGGCCUGCAAUAUAAGACUAGGUGUUGUAAACAGGGACAUGUGUGAGUGAUGCUGGAAGGAGAGAGAACUCACUUCAUUUCCAUGCCUUCUGGGUUUGAUCUUACGUGUUAUGCAUAUAAAACAACUGCUAAGGUUUUCAUAGUGCCACUUGGCGUUAUUACUAUUUGUUAGAAAUACUCAGCAGGGAAUGAACUUGUGGUGUUCAAAAUUAGCUAGCCAGCUAAAAAGCUGAUGAAAAACUAUUUUCCAGUUGGAACAACCCUUUCUUGUGGAGAUGCCUGUAUAGCCACCUAAAAUUAACAUUGUUUUAUUCUUUUAAAAUAAUUAAAAAUACUCUGCAACAGCUAUCAAGCUUUCUCAGUAAUUCCUGGUUUUAUAUUUUAUUAGUCAAAACCUAAUAUAGUCAUACUCAAAUUUCAUAUUAAACCUUAUUUGAAAGUUUUCCUGUUUCCAGUUUUUGGAGGAAUGUACUCAGUAGAAAAUUAGGAUCAUAUUUACAAUAGUAGACAAUAAACCAUAACUAGCAGCCUGCUUUUGCAGUGUAGGCAAGAAUUUUAAGCUCAUUUUAAUAUGCAGCCCAGCUGUGUGUUCAUUAUAUGAGAUUUUUCUGAUCUUGUGGCUCUUCCUUUUGUAGGAGGUGCCUUUUCUAGGCACUGUCAUGGGAAUACUUCUUGUGUUCAGUUCAGCAUUUAUGUGUUUUUUAUUUAGCUUUUAUUUUUUGUCCGCGCACCCUUCAACACGUCAUGUAUCUGGCACAGUGUAAGAUAAAGGAAAUGAUCGAGCCACACCACUUUUAUUAAGAAGAUUUUUUUCCCCUCUCUGUCUUUUUUAUUUUUCUGUCUUUUGUAGAGUUGUGAGUACCUGUGAAACCAGGUGUGAAACCACAAGGCAGAAUUUCAUAGUGCAGUCACUGCUGUGCUGAAGCACUAAAUUCUUCUGAAGCUACUCCUGCUGGCCCUGGAUCUGCACAUGACUGGUGUUCACGCCGUGAGUGAAUUAAUAAUCAAGAAGCAUGAAGCAUGGUGGGAGUACUUCCUAACAGCAGAAAAGCAGGAAUCUGUGGCACAAUUGCACUUUAUUGAAACAGUGGAAAGUUUUCUAGCACAUUUACUCAGUGAUUAAGUUGAAGACAUGGGGCCAAUGAAAUAUAAAUCAAGUGUGUCCUCAGUGUCCUGUGGCCUGCAAUACCACCAUUCGUUGAUGAAGUGGAGUCCCAAAAUGAAUUUACAUGUAGUGAGGACUUACUGCUCCUCAGGGCCCAAGAGGCCUGAAGCCAAGUCUGCCAUAGAAAUGGCCAUGGGCCUCCUUCAUCGGCUCACAGAAACUGGGACUGUGAUGGGAAAAAACUCCCUUCAAAAAGUGUCUGCAACAUGCAAGAAUUGGUGGGACAGAUAUGAAGAGUUUGUUGGAAUUAAUGAAGUUCGAGAGGCUCAAGGGAAAGUAACAGAGGCAGAAAAUGUCUUUAUGAUAGCUCGGGGGAUAGUACGAGAGGCUCGUGAAAAUGUAGAAGCCCAACAGAUUAAACUGAAGGAAAUUCGGGACCGCUUAGACAGGGUCUCUCGGGAUGACACCCAGUAUUUAGAACUGGCUACUCUGGAACACAGGUUGCUGCAGGAAGAGAAGAGGUACCGAGCUGCAUAUUUAAAUGCAGAAGAAUCAGAGAGAGAAAAAUUCUCUCUCUUCUCUGCAGCUGUAAGGGAAAGCCAUGAGAAAGAGCGCACAAGAGCUGAAAAAACUAAGAACUGGUCUAUUAUUGGUUCUGUGCUGGGAGCCGUUAUAGGUGUUCUGGGUUCCACCUAUGUAAAUCGAGUAAGGCUGCAAGAAUUGAAAGUCUUGGUGCUUGAAGCACAAAAGGGCCCAAUAAAUUUACAAGAAGCCAUCAAAGAACAGGCCUCCAGCCAUUACUCACAGCAGAAGGAUCUCAGUGAUGUCAUAGAAGACCUGAAAAGUGUGCUGCAAAUAACAGCGUCGCGAGGAGUAAAAGAGGGCGCUUUGUUAACUAGAGAAACCAGGAAUGACUCCAUAAAAAUAGAUUCACUUUUAACUCCUUUAAACGAACAGCUAAACUACAUUAAACAAGUCAGUUCAUGUCUAGGGAGUUUACAGCAGCAGUUUAACAGUCUGCAGGAAAGUAUCGCACAGGUGCUGUCUGAGAUGCAGAGUGUCAAACUCGCGAUCCGCUCUAGACCCACGGAAAGGGUGAUCCCGAGGUCUUCGGGGGAGGGCAAGGGCCAGGCUUCUGCUGUGAGAGAUGUGAUUUUAGAAUUGUGUGAUACUGAGCGGAGACUGGAAACACAAAUCAAGAGAAGUUCUAUUUACAGCACUGCGCUGACGUGUGCUAUGUUUGCUAUUACUCUGCCUGUACUCUAUAUUAUACUUAAAGGGAACUGAUCCCUGAUCAAUUGCCACAAUUUACUAGAUUAAUAAAGGUAAACUUGCACUCUAAGUAGUUAGAGUACAAGUCCAAAUAAAGCUGCCUUAGCAUUUCUGGUUAUGCCUUCUCCUGUAUAUUUGAAAAACUUGUAAAGCUGUGGUCCAUCUUCUGCUGUGGGAUCCAUGUUAAGUCUCUGUCAUGUGCUGUGCAUUUAACAAGCAAAGGAAUUGCCACAGUUGAUCUGUUGAUUUCAUUCACUGUUUCACUCUUACUGUCUAGUCUUGUAUAUUGAGACAGCAUCCCCAAAUGGCCCUCUGAGUCCCAGGUUGCAGCCAUGUGGCCCCAAAUGGCCCCCAGCAGACCCCAGGUUGUUCCCCUUGUUGCUCCCAAUGCCCAUGUCACCCCACAGCGGUCCCAAAUGUCCCCAUCAGGCUCUAACUUGCCCCGCUGGGCCCCAGUUUGCCUCCCCACUGCCCCCAUUUGCCCAAGACAGGCCCCGUAGUGUAAUCAGGUACAUCCCCAGACACUCUGACCCAGCCUCAGCCACAUGCCCUUACCCAGCCCCGACCCUCAGCUCCAUGCAGCAGGCACUGCCAGGGCCCAUCAGCUGCAGCCCCUGGCUGCCUCCAAGGCCCCUUGAGAUUCUGGGCUUCAGACACGUUUAUUGCUGGCACAGCCAAGUGUUGGGGCCCGGCCCCAUGGGCUCUGAUGUCCUGCCAUCCCCACUGUUCCCCUCUCCCCAGCUGGGGGCACAAGGAGGCAUCAUCUUCCAGUAGCACAGUGCCAGAGCUGAGCUGAGGUGACCCCCCUAAGUCCUGUGCUCCCCCAGAGCCAUCAGUGUCUCCCCAUGGCUCCUCUUCUUCUCUACCAGGACACCACAAGGCUCUACAACCUCUGCACUGCCCAGCACUGUAGCCACUGCUGGACCAAGUGACAGAGCCUGGGGAUAUACAUGAUACACGAGACAUGCUGUACAGACGUGGGACCUGCAUUGUACCUAGAACUAAAUAAAACCAGAAACAAACAAAAAACUUAAGGGCAAAAAUUUCUACUUGCUUGGUAAAAUGACUCCUAAUGUUUUGUGCAUGGACAAACUGCAAAACUGUGAAGAAAUCAUGAGCAAAAGUAGAGAGGAUUACACAUGAGGCGUUUAGCUCAACGAUAGAGUAAAAGAAUCAUUUGAACUGGAAAUCACAAAUCCAGCUCCAUAAUGAAUGGUGGAAUAAACAGUAUUAGGAAUGAACUGUGAUGAUUCACUACCUGUAAGAGAGAUGAAAUGUGCAAAAGGUGGUUUUGGGAAGCUCCACUGCUGAUUUAUAUAUUGAGUGUUUGGAGUGGGAAGUGAGUAACAAGCAUUUGUCAGGGCAGAAGUUUGAUCUACUGGCUUGAAAACUGGGAUAAAAAUUCCCAUACACUUAGCUGUGUCAAGAAGUGUGCAUACAGAUCAGUAAAAUUUUUCAAGUCUAUAAGAUUUCAUUUUAUCAUUUCACAAAUAUUUUUACAGGUUGUACUUCUUGCAGGAGCUUAAUGAAAAUAAGAAGCAAUUAAAGGGGUGUAAUUAAAGGGGAAGGAAUAGUACAAUGGUUCUAUUUGUAAUUUGCCAGCACUAGUCACUAGCCACUAGCCACUAGUCACAAAUGGAAUUUUAUUCUAGUUUGUUUGGGUUUUUUUCAGUCUAAUGACAUAAUGUAGGGCCUCCUUACUAUGUAACUGGCUGAAUUUGUUAUUCAAUAUCACUGAAAGUGUGGAUUAUAUAUAUAUGAACAUGGUUUUUAAAUGCUGAAUGUCAGGCAGCUAAACUUGAAAGUCAUGGCAACACUCACUGAAUUGUACUUGGUGGCAUCAAAAAUGAGUAGAGAUCUGAAGCUAAACUUGUGUACAAUACAUGAGAAUAAAACCCCAAGGAUGGUUUA